AUGGCUCUUGUCACAUUGGCAAGCCUGUUAACCUUGUCAGGGUCGGAUCACUCUAGGCUAUUGGUGCAAACGUGCAGUGAUCCCAAAGGACAAAGGGCAAACCUUGCAAAACCUCAAAGCUUGGGAAUGGGAUUACCAGUCAUCUUGCAUCAUAAGAAAACUACAGGUUGCUUUAGACCAUAUCACAAUGUUGCUACUCUCGCCGACGCCGCCGCGCACCUGCACUCAGAGCUCAGCGCGUCCGUCCCGCUGGUCCGGCGCUGGGUGCCCUCGCCGCCGCCCCGCGCCCGAGUCGACGCCGCGCUCCGCGCCGCUGGGCUAGAGGACGAGGCAGAGCUCUCGCGGCUCCAGUUCCGGGAGUUUGCCGUCGAGCUGUUCAGGGAGGCCGUGCUGGCCGGAGCUGCGGACCUCCUCCGCGCCCCCGCAACCGCGGCCGGGGUUGUCGGGAUAGGCAUGGUGGCUCGCGCCGGUCCCCUGGUGGUCGGGAGGGUCGUCGCCGUCUGCGCCGCCGGCGUGGCCACCGCGGUUUACCUCAGCCUGGGCUAG